AUGGGGGUGCUGAUACCAGCCCGGCCGGAGCAAUGCACAUUGAGCCGUGCCGUGGCCCUCACCACCGAUUUUGUCCCCGACGAUCUGGAGGUGGCGCUACGCGGCGCAGCGUACGCGAACAGGACGCUGAUCCUGACCAUGCUGAACAAGGCGUACGCGGAGGAGGGCGGCCUGCUGGACCUCUUCCUCGAGAGCCUGAGGGAAGGGGACGGCACCGAGCAGCUCAUCGACCACGUCCUCUUCGUGGCCAUGGACCAGCAGGCCUUCCGCCGGUGCAGGAGCCUCGGCGGCGGCGUCAAGUGCUACCUGCUCCGGCCGGUGGACAGCCAGCAGGGCGACCUCUCGUCGGAGCAGCUCUACAUGUCGGACGGCUUCAUACGCAUGAUGUGGCGGCGGAUCCGGUUCCUUGGCGACGUCCUCAAGCACGGCUACAGCUUCAUUUUCACUGAUAUGGACGUGAUGUGGCUGAGGAAUCCGUUCCCGAAGCUGGACCGCGGUGACGGCGAGGACUUCCUGAUCAGCUCCGACAAGUUCAACGGCGAGCCGCACGACUACGCCGGCAACGAGCUCAACACGGGCUUCUUCUUCGUGGCCUCCAACGACCGGACGGUGGCGCUGUUCGACGAGUGGCACGCGGCGCGGCGGGGCUCGGCGGGGAUGAAGGAGCAGGACGUGCUGAACCGGAUGAAGCGGCGCGGCGCGUUCCGCCGGCUCGGCCUGCGCGUGCGCGUCCUGGACACGGCGCGCUUCAGCGGCUUCUGCCAGGACAGCCGGGAAUCGGAGCAGGUGGCCACCGUGCACGCCAACUGCUGCCGCACCAAGCGGGCCAAGGUCGCCGAUCUCAAGGCCGUCCUUCGCGCCGCCAAGCGGCUCAACAGGACGAAGACGGAGAUUAGGUGGCCAGCGCAUCGCGAGUGCGUAAAAUCGUGGUUGUGA